AUGCGGUGGAGGAAAGUCCAGCAUAGCGGCCAAAGCCAACACCCGGCGGAUGUCGGGGCACCGCUCUGCAAGCAGCAGCAGCAGCAGCAGCAGCAGCAGCAGCAGCAGCAGCAACAGCAGCAGCAGCAGCAGCAGAAUGCCUCUUGCAUGUUCGUCGCAGCAACCAAGACCUGUGCUGAAUGCAGCAUCUCCUCUCUACCUCUGUUUUCAGGUCUAGGGUUUAGGUGGGCAGCAGCAGCAGCUGCAGCAGCAGCAGCAGCAGCAGCAGCAGCAGCAGGAGCAGCAACACUAACAACAACAGCAGCAGCAGCGGCAGCAGCAGCAUCUGAAUCAUCAGCAGCAGCAGCAGCAACAGCAGCAGCAGCAGCAACAGCAGCAGCAGCAGUUCUAGCAGGCUUCGCAGGAGCAUCAGCAAGUGCAGCAGCAGCAACCGUGCCAGCAGCAGCAGCAGCACCACCACCACUAACAACAACAGCAGCAGCAGCAGCAGCAGCAGCAACAGCAAGAACAACAACAACAACAACAGCAGCAACAGCACCAGCACCACAAUCACCACCACCACCACCAGCAGCACCACCACCAGCAGCACCACCACCAUCACCACCACCAUCAGCAGCAGCAGCAGCAGCAGCACCACCACCACCACCACCAUCAGCAGCAGCAGCGCCACCACCACCACCAUCAGCAGCAGCAGCGCCACCACCACCACCAUCAGCAGCAGCAGCAGCACCACCAUCCGCAGCAGCAGCACCACCAUCAGCAGGAGCAGCAGCAGCAGCAGCAGCAGCAGGAGCAGCAGGAGCAGCAGCAGCAGCAGCAGCAGCAGCCUCACAUUAA